AUGCAUCGCGCUGGAUUACUGACGGCUCGCCGCUUGCCACUUUUGAGAAACACUCUAAAGCCACUGAGAUCUUAUUCAACAAGAACGUGGAAGCCCACAGACGGUCUCAACAAGAGGGCACUUGCUUUGGGAACUCUCGUAACCAUUGGCGCCAUUUACGGGACCACAGGAUCUAUGAUAACAUUAGAAGGUAAGGAUAGGAAGAAGGAGAGUGAUAAAAAGGAUGUGAAAGAGGAAAAAUCCGUUCAGCAAGUGGAGAGCAAUGAGAAUAAGACGCAGCCAGAUUUGAAGAAUCAGGUCCAGGAUUCGGAGAAGGCACAAUCCGCCAAGGACCAAGAGCGUAAGGAAUCUGUGGAAAAAUCCGACUCCAAGACGCCGAAAGCCAAGGAGGCAGAGCACGAAGGCGAAGAGGAACCCAAGAGGGAAUCUGCUUACGACCCAGAAACUGGAGAAAUAAACUGGGAUUGCCCAUGCCUUGGUGGCAUGGCUCAUGGUCCUUGUGGUGAGGAAUUCAAAGCAGCUUUCUCAUGCUUUGUUUAUUCCGAGGCAGAACCUAAGGGCAUCGAUUGUGUGGAAAAAUUCAGAGGCAUGCAGGAGUGUUUCAGAAGAUACCCAGAGCACUAUGCAGAGCAAAUCAAGGACGAAGAAGAAGCCGCUCAAGCCGCUGCUGAAAUGGAGUCGACUAACAAUCAAGAAAAGGCCGUUCCGGAAGCUCAAAUGACGACGCCGGAAACUUCCGCUGACGUUAAACAGGAAGAAGCCACUUUUGAACCAAUCCUUGAAGAACACCAUUCAGAGCAUAGCGAAAGCAACUCUGAUAGUGAAAAAGAUAAAUGA